AUGAGGAGUUCUGAUGAUGGAGUAGCCGACAUGGAGGGAGGCAGUGAGGCUAUCACUGGCGUGGUGGUGACCGAAGGGGAAGGUAGAGCUGGGGCUCUACAAGAUGCCGACCAUAUAGGUGUCAUCGUGGACUAUGGCAGCGCCAAGGUCCAGGUGAGCGAGGCCUUGGGCGUCCAGGAUGUGGCAACCCCAAUCAGGCAAGCAAGCCAGACAAGGAUAGGAGAUGGAGGUGCUGUGCAGGUGGAUAGGCUUGCCUUGGGCACUGUUGGCGUGCGGGCUGUGCGCACUAGGGCGAGCGUCGUUGGGCAUCCGGUGGAGGUGAGCUCCUCUGGGGCAAAUGUUGUUACGACAAGCAUUACUGGGCGUGCGGAGGAGAGGCGAGCAGGCCAGGUGAGUAGCAGGGUUGUUGUUGCGAGCCAGGCGCCGGACACCCAUGCUGCGGCGACCCAUGUCGGGCAANUGUUUCUACAAGGCAUCCAACCAUGGCAGUAA